AUGAACCCGGCAAAGGCUGGAACGGCUCAGACAGACUCGACUGUGACGCAGAUGAUUGGGGACUCUGGACAUGCCGCACCACACUCUUACUCGUCACCAGAAUCGUACACCCCCGAAUCUUUCGCCGUCCUGCUCAAGAAGCUCGUCCUCCACCCCUCGACCUUCACUCUCGACGAUACACGAUGCGCCUUCAACCACCUCGCAGAACCCUACGGCGCACAUCCCUCGCAGAUUGGAGCGUUCCUCUCGGCGCUGCGACUGACGGGCAAGGAUGGCGAGCCGGCUAUCGUCGCCGAAUGCGCAAAGGUCAUGCAGCAGCAUGCCUUGCCUGUCGAUGUCGGAGACUACGGCGACGGACCCAUCUGCGACAUUGUCGGAACGGGAGGCGACGGGCACAACACGUUUAACGUGAGCACGACGGCGGCGAUUGUUGCGGCUGGCGCAGGACUGCGGGUGUACAAGCACGGCAACAAGGCCGCGACCUCGUCAUCUGGCUCCGCCGACAUCCUCCUCUCCCUCGGUUGCCCCGUCACGACCCUCCCUCCUUCCGCCAUGAACCAAGUCGCCGCCCGCUCUCCCUUCCUCUUCCUCUUCGCGCCGAUCUACCACCCCUCAAUGGUCCGCGUCGCGCCCUUCCGGAAACAAAUCGGCUUCCCAACCGUCUUCAACGCACUCGGACCGCUCAUCAACCCGGCGAAACCGAAGGCGGUCAUCGUUGGCGUGCACUCGCCGUACCUCGGGCCGAUCUUUGCUGAGGCGCUGAAGAUCACGGGUGUUGAGCGGGCUUGGGUAGUGUGCGGUGCGGAGGGACUGGACGAGAUCAGUCCUGCGGGUGAUACCCACCUCUGGGACCUGCACAACGGCACCAUCACCGAACGAACGCUGCAUCCCUCCGCCUUCGGCAUCAACCCCACUCCUCUCUCCUCCGUCGCAGGCGGCACACCUCUCGAAAACUCCCUGACCCUCCUCAAGCUGCUCGAUAACCAGCUUCCUCAUACCGACCCGAUCGAGAAUUUUGUCAUUCUCAACGCAGCGGCGCUGUUGGUCGUUGCGGGCAAGGCGAAGAGCGAGAAGGAAGGUGUCGAGAUGGCGAGGGAGAGUAUUGCGAACGGUGGGGCGAAGAAGGCGUUGGAGGCGUUCAGGAAGGCCAGCUCGGAAUUUGCGAAGCAGGAGGCGGACCUGCCGACGGGCUUGAUCGGAUAG